AUUAGAGAAGCUACAGAAUCAGCAGAGAUGAAAAGGCUCGUUCUUCUAGUCAUUUUGACAACAUUGUUCAAUAGUCAUGUCCAAUCACAAGAUGAAGUUACGAAAUGGGCUAAAAUAGUGAAGAAGGGCAAAGAAGAAUUGGUGACUUAUAAAUUGGAAUUUUAUUUCCAUGAUAUAUUCACCGGGAAAAAUCCUAGUGCUGCUAGGAUAGCCGAAGCUUCGGUCACCAAUUCUUCCAAGAAUCUAUUCGGGGCGGUCUUCAUGGUGGAUGACCGGUUGACUGUUGGACCGGAUCUGAACUCGAAACUUGUCGGCCGGGCCAGGGGAAUGUACGGGUCAGCGGGUCAGAGUGAGGCGGACAUUAUCAUGAUGAUGAGCUGCAUGUUCUUAGAUGGGAUUUACAACGGGAGUUCUUUUAGCGUUAUGAGUAUCAAUCAUGUCUUGAACCCGGUUCGUGAGAUGUCGAUAGUUGGUGGUACCGGUUUGUUUCGGUUGGGUCGAGGAUAUGCGAUUCUUCGGACUUACUCGUUCGAUUCGACCACGGGUGACACCGUAGUGGGCUACAAUGUCACCAUAUCAGCUCCUGCUGAAUAAAUUCGCAAUUUUAAUAUUGUUUAGGUGCAACCGAUUUUUCUUUUAAUUGUUUUCUCUCUCUCUCUUUUUUUUUUUUGCCUUUCAGUCCUCUUCAUACGCGCCAAUGAAUUGGCCUUUCAAUUUAAUCUGUCGUGUUAACCAUAUCAUGAACAUUUUCUUCUUCUUCUCUUUCUUUUUUUUUUUUUUUUAAUUUUCCUCAUCCAGCCGCGUAUGACGUACUUAUAAUUUAACAGGUAACUAGAUGCUUGCCCCCGGCAAAUGUUCGGGAGCGUCCCACC